UCCAGAUGUACCCUUUUGUUUCUGAAUCGUGAAAGAAUAAUAAAUACCAGAAUAAACAAACGUGGCUUCCUCUUCCGAACACAACCUUUCCAACUUGAUUCAACUUACCUUUCCGCCAAAACAAAAAAAACCAACACAAUUACAGUUUAAACCAAUUUGAUCGGCGACGCGAAUAAUUGGAGAGAGAAUUAGCGCAGAUCUACCUCAAUCACUCAAUCAAUUAGAGGGAGGGACCUCUAAUUGAUCCAUCUGCUAUCGCAGCGACUGAGAUAGAUACCUCUUAUUGAUCCAUCCGCUAUCGCAGCGACUGAGAUAGGUAGAGAUGGCGAUACUUUACGCUUUAGUGGCUCGAGGGUCGGUGGUGCUGGCGGAGUACAGCGCCACCGCCACCAACGCCAGCACCAUCUCCAGACAGAUACUCGAGAAGAUUCCUGGAAACAAUGACAGCCACGUGUCCUAUUCUCAAGAUCGGUACAUCUUUCACGUCAAACGCACCGACGGUCUCACCGUUCUUUGUAUGGCUGAUGAUACCGCCGAAAGAAGAAUUCCUUUUGCAUUUCUUGAAGACAUUCAUCAGAGAUUUGUAAGGACUUAUGGCCGUGCUGUUCAUUCAGCACAAGCUUAUGGCAUGAAUGAUGAAUUUUCAAGGGUAUUAAGCCAGCAAAUGGAAUACUACUCAAAUGACCCAAAUGCAGAUAGGAUGAAUCGACUAAAAGGUGAAAUGAAUCAGGUACGAAACGUGAUGAUAGAGAAUAUUGACAAAGUUCUAGAGAGAGGUGAUCGUUUGGAAUUGUUGGUUGAUAAAACUGCUAAUAUGCAAGGAAAUACAUUCCGCUUCAGAAAACAAGCUCGUCGUUUCAGAAGCACUGUAUGGUGGAGAAAUGUUAAGCUCACGGUUGCACUUAUUCUGCUUAUCCUGGUGAUUCUUUAUGUUGUUUUGGCUUUCGUUUGUCAUGGGCUUACUCUACCUUCCUGCCUAAAGUGACGAUUUCCGUUGAGUGAGAUUUGAGUGCGUUUCCCAUUUUUUUUUUUUUUUUUUUAAAUAUUUCUUUGUUUCUCCCUCUAUGCUGCCCUCUCCUUUUGGGCAAAUGGGAUUUUUCUAUUCCAGCUUCCUCCGCUGUGACUUGUAUUAGGUUUUCUUUAUGUUAUGUGAGUUGUGAAGUUCUCGAAAGCUGUCUUUGAGUGUGCACUUGUGUUACUGUCGAGCAUGGAGAUUCAAAUUAGUUUAUAUUGUAUGGCUUGGUAAAGGUGAAAUCUACGAAACUCAUA